AGCUCCUUUGACAGAGUCGUUCCGCUUCAUCAUCUUAAGCAGUGAGUGAACAGUGUGGGAGCCCAGAGCGGUCGGAGACCACCAGCCCGGCCUGCGCGAUCAGCUGUUUUCUCGGGAGUUUGCGCAGCAGUUGAUGUCCCUGCGCUCUCAGACGGAGGGAGAGAGAAAGAGAGAGAGAGCGAGAGAGAGAGAGAGGGGGGGAGAAACUAAAACACUCCGGGGGUCUGUUUGCUGCCGCCUCGUCCGCUGGACCUCGCAUCGCAUGGGGACAUGAACAGUGUGGACCCCGCCUCUAACAAACUGUUGACUUUCAAUCAGCGCUCCGCCUCAGAGGACCUGGGCUGCAGGCGUGGAGACUUCAGCAGGAAACACUAUGGUUCGGUCGAGCUGCUGAUUUCCAGCGAUGCAGAUGGGGCCAUUCACAGGGCGGGACGCUUCAGGGUGGAGAACGGCUCAUUAGAUGAGGCUUCAGACUACACUCCAGGAACAUGGAGGAGAACAGACGUCCAUCUGGAAAAUCCAGAGUACCACACCAGAUGGUACUUUAAGUACUUCUUGGGAAAAGUCCACCAGAACUACGUGGGCACAGAUGCCGAGAAAAACCCUUUCUACCUGUCGGUCGUCCUCUCGGACCAGAACAACCAGCGGGUCCCUCAGUACCGAGCCAUUCUCUGGAGGAAAACGGGAACUUUGAAGAUCAGCCUCCCUUACAGUCCGACUAAAACACUAUCAGUCAAGUCCAUCUUAAGUGCAAUGAACAUGGACAGGUUUGAGAAAGGCCCCAGGGAGAUCCUCAACCCAGAGAUUCAGAAGGACCUGCUGGUGUUGGAGGAACAGGAGGGUUCAGUCAAUUUUAAAUUUGGUGUGCUGUUUGCCAGAGACGGACAGCUCACAGACGACGAGAUGUUUAGCAACGAGACGGGGAGCGAGAACUUCGACAAGUUCCUCAAUUUGCUGGGUGAUACGGUCACGCUGCAGGGAUGGGCAGGCUAUCGAGGAGGUCUCGACACCAAGAACGACACUACAGGACUUCAGUCCAUCUACACGGUGUAUCAAGGCCACGAGCUCAUGUUCCACGUCUCCACCAUGUUGCCCUACUCUAAGGAGAACAAGCAGCAGGUGGAGAGGAAGAGGCACAUCGGAAACGACAUCGUCACCAUCGUAUUUCAGGAAGGGGACGACGCGUCGUCGUCCUUCAAACCAUCUAUGAUCCGAUCACACUUCACCCAUAUUUUUGCUUUAGUCAGGUAUAAUAGCCAGAAUGACAGUUACAGGUUGAAGAUUUUCUCGGAGGAGAGCGUCCCACUGUUUGGACCCCCUCUCCCGUCUCCGCCUGUAUUUACUGACCACCACGAAUUCAGGGACUUUUUAUUAGUCAAAUUAAUCAAUGGAGAGAAAGCCACACUGGAGACGCCAACCUUUGCCCAGAAACGCCAGCGGACCCUCGACAUGCUGAUCCGCUCGCUCUACCAAGACCUCAUGCCUGACCUGCACAAGGUUCCCUUUUCUCCCCAGAACAUGUUGAACCGGAGGUCGUUCAGCGACGUGCUGCCUGAGUCUCCGAAGUCGGCGCGUAAGAAGGAGGAGGCCCGGCAGGCCGAGUUUGUCAGGAUAGGGCAGGCUCUGAAGCUGAAGACCAUCGUGAGAGGAGAUGCGCCAACGAGCCUCGUUACCACAGGCCUGUGCAGAAAAGAGCCAUGGGAAUCUCAGUCCUUCUGCAGCACGUUCCCCUACGAGAUCAUCUGCGCCGACUCGUGGGGUCAGUCUCUGCUGGUGGCCACCGACACGGCGGGGGUCUUGAUGCUGGAUGGCCCCGACCCGCCGCUGCCCGGUGCUGAGACGCCGACGCUUCCCCCGGUGCAGGUGUUUGACAAAACCAUGGCAGUGAAGCAGAUGCACAUUCUGGAGCCUCAGGACCUUCUGAUAACCCGGGCAGACAAAGGAAAGGACGCUCGGCUGUACGUGUUCAGACUCGGCGGCAUCAAGAGAGGCCUGGAGGAGCGGCAGCUGGUCAGGAGCAAGUGUGACUGCAGGGAGAACAAACUGGAGAAAACUAAAGGUUGUCAUUUGUACUCUAUCAACACCCACCACGGCUCCGAGCUGAGAAUAGUAGCAGCCAUCAGAACCAAACUCCUCCUAAUUACCAGGAAGCAUCCGCGGUUCAGCGCCGUCGCCACGGGAGCAGACUCCCCGGUGGAGGAGUUUCAGUACAUACGGGAAAUCUGUCUGUGUGACCCGCCUGUGGUGAUGGCGCUGGUAGACGGCCCGACCGGGGAGAACGACAACAUGAUAUGCGUGGCCUACAAACACCAGUUCGACCUGAUCAAUGAGAGCACCGGGGAUGCCUAUCGACUUCAUCACGUCGACGCCAACAGGGUAAACUUUGUAGCAGCCAUUGAUGUGUAUGAAGACGGUGAAGCAGGCCUCCUCUUGUGUUACAACUAUAUUUGUUACUAUAAGAAAGUUUGCCCCUUUAACGGCUCCACACCAAUGAUCCAGUCCAACACCUCCGAUUUCCACUUCAGCUGGAACCAGAUGCCCAACGCUAUCGUUUGCGCUUUUCCCUACAUCCUCGCCUUCACAACGGAUUCCAUUGAGAUCCGACUGGUGGUCAAUGGAAACCUUGUGUACACAGCAGUGGUCCCGGAGCUGCAGCUGGCUGCCUCGAGGUCGGACAUCUAUUUUGUCUCGUCGGCGCCAGUGAGCUCAGCCUCCAACUGCAGUUCCAGAGACACCAGCUCUCAGAGCUCCCCCCAGACGCCCACAGGCUACGAGAUGCCCGUAUUUCCUUCACCGCUCGGAGAUGGCUUCAGUUUGACAUUUGGCAUGAAGUGAACUCUGCAGGACGAGUCUGCGACUGCACAGUUUGAUCGGGUUAGUUAUGCACAAUUCAGUUCCUAUGCAGGUUUUCUCUUACUUCGACUGAGACCUUUUCUUCCGACUCUGUUUCAGGACAGACGACUUUCUUAACCUAUCGCUCCAUGUUCACUACGGGUGGAGGUGCUGGGGGAACGUGGAGGUGCUGGGGGAACGUGUUGCUACGGUUUCAAGUUUCUUUCUCCCGUUUGUCUCCUUUGCGCGAAGUGCGUCGCAAACCGAGCCAGUCGUGUCAUUGCUGCUCGCGCUUAAAAUCUGACAACGUUGCAGCUAAAUCCCGUACGGAUAUGAUGUUUCAAGUACAGAUUAGGACAGAGGAUAAUCGAAAUAACUAAUAAAUAACUAUCACAACAUUCAUCUGAAAUCAGGGUUAGAUUAGAAAAUAAUCUGGACGGACGGAUAUAUCAGACUAUUUACCUGCAUCCUUUCUAUCAACAGCAUUGAUUUCAGGGAUUGUUAGGAUCAUUUUAACCCACUUUUAACCCCUAAUGGUGUCCAUAUUUCCUCAUCCAGUCUCCCUUCCCUCUCAAUGCUGUGUCAGCCGUCCUGAGCCGAUGCGCUGAUGGAUUGAGGAGGAGGAGGAGGAGAAGAUCCGCUCCUUGUUCAUCGGAUUUUACAUCUGUUGAUGUUGGUGACUUGGACUGGAGGACAAAGAUAGAGAAACACGGUUAUUAAAUGAGUUGCCCGCGCCAUUAAGCCUCGUCCGUACUGAGGGGAGCAGUUAUUUACAGGUCCCAUUAAGGCUAACAGGAAGAAAGGUUUGGCUGUUGCUGCUGCAAUUAGCCGAGGGCAGGAUUUAUGCUCUUAGGCCGCUGCAGGUAAUCAGUUCUCUCGGAGGGAUUUUCAUUUUCUGCCCUGUUGUUUCUAGUUGUGUGUGUCGUUCUGCACCACCCAGACAACUAAGACUGUGCGUGCGAGUGUGUGCGUGCGUGCGUGUGUGUGUGUGUGUGUGUGCGCGCGUGUGCGUGCGUGUCUGUGUGUGUUUCUGCACCUAAAUCUGUGUUACUGUGUGUGUUCAGUUUGUGUAACCCUCUUCUUCAUUCCUGGUUCAGAUUCAAUACGGAUCCCCUAUGGUACCAAGCUUUCCCUGUACAUGUCUAAGGACGCUGAAGGUACUGCAGGAUUCUCAUCCUCAGCUCAUAAAA